AUGUCCUUGGUAGAGAAAUCAACUAAUGGAGAGGUGCAGAAGCCAAACUCAAAAUAUGUUCGAUUGGAGUUGGGAGAACUAACGCCACACAACAUAAAACAAUUGAGAAUCAUUAAUCGCACGGUCUUCCCUGUUCUUUAUACAGAGAAAUUUUACACGGACCUACUAAAAAGGCCAAAAUUCUGCCGUCUAGCCUAUUUUAAUGAUAUUGUUGUCGGUGCUGUGUGCUACAGGAUCGAGAGUCCGACUGGUAAUGACAACUCUACCUCAAAAAAAUGUUACAUAAUGACCCUCGGAUGUUUGGCGCCCUAUCGUAGGCAUGGCAUCGGAUCUAUGCUCUUGAAGCACGUCUUGCACAAAUGCAGAAAAAACAAUCAAAUCAAAAGUGCCUAUUUGCAUGUUCAUAUCGAGAACGAAGAAGCUAUUAAAUUUUAUCAGAAGUUUGGAUUCGAGGUGACCGGACGCGUCGAAUCGUACUACCACAGACUAUCGCCACAAGAUGCGUUCAUUCUUGAAAAGGAAAUAGACUAUUCGGAACCCGUUAGUUCUUCGGAUUCUGAAUAA